UAGAAUCAUUUUGGGGGUAUUUUUAAAACCUCCCUAUAUAUAACUCCUGGAUUAAGAUGACCCCCCUCAUUCUGCUUCUUCUGGGGGUGUCAGGAGUCAGUUGUGACAGUCACACUCUGCGGUAUUAUGAAACUGGAGUCUCCUCUCCGGGAUCCGGACUUCCUGUGUAUUCUUCAGUUGGAUAUGUGGAUGAUCGGGAGAUAGAGAAUUAUAACAGUGACACUCGUCAGAAUCUUCCCAAGACUGAGUGGAUGAAGAAACUGGGAUCUGACUACUGGGAGAGAGAGACACAAAUAUGUCGGGGCGCUGAGCCCGUGUACAAGCACGAUGUGCGGACAGCGAUGAGCCGAUACAAUCAGACUGGAG